AUGGCGCCAAUCCCCAUAACAAUCGUGACCGGCUUCCUCGGCUCAGGAAAAACCACCCUCCUCCUAAACCUCAUUCCCCAACUGCCCGCAACCUACAAACUCGCCCUCCUAAAAAACGAAUUUGGUGACGUAGCGGUAGACUCCCAACUCGCCUCCACACAAUCCAUCUCCGGCGUCCGCGAACUCCUUAAUGGCUGCAUAUGCUGCAAUCUAGUCGGCCAACUAAGCGAUGCCCUCAACCAACUCCAAACCGAAGUCUCUCCCGACCGCAUCGUCAUCGAGACGAGCGGCAGCGCAUUCCCUGCUACACUAGCUAUGGAGGUGAACCGGCUUGCACGCGAAGAGGGCGGAAAUUUCGUGCUCGACGGAGUCAUUAGCGUGAUUGAUGUUGAGAAUUGGGAAGGAUAUGAGGAUACCAGUUAUACGGCACAGAUCCAGGCGAAGUAUACGGAUUUGAUCGUCUUCAAUAAGUGGGAGCACUGUGACGAGAUGCGGUUUGAUGUUUGUCUGGAUCGUGUCGGCGAUUUGGGUGUUGAGACGCCUUGGGUUAAGUCCGAAAAGGGACGAGUUGAUGUGGAUGUUUUGUUGGGAAUUGAUGGGGCUAUGUUUGCGAAGGAGGCUGAUCAUGGUCUUGGCCAUGGACAUGAUGACGGGCAUAAACAUGAUCAUCAGUCUGAAGUUGAGGUUUUGUCUGUUAUGUUGAAGGCGGAGGGGUCAAAGGUGGUGGAUGUGCAGGCAUUGGAGAAUUUGCUUUCGUCUGCGCAGCGGGAGGAAGUCUACCGAAUCAAGGGCAUUGUUCGGUGCUCUUCGCUGACACCUUUGGGUGAGACUUCAGAUGAUCUUGAGGCUUCAAGACAGAAGAGUGAUGAGUCCGGCAGUCGUUACUACAUUUUGAACUGGGCGUUUGGUCGGUGGACUUGCACGCCGUCGACGGUUGUUGCUGAGUCUGCGGAGGAGGACGUGGUUGCUCGCUUGACGUUCAUUUUGGCUCGCUAUGAGUCUGCCAAGUGGAAGAAGAAGCUGGAGGCAGGUGGUUUGGUGCAAGCCGUUGAUGGUGCGGAGUUGACCGUGGAGCGGUUGGUUUGA